AUGACAAUCAACGGCGGCACAAACGGAACAACCAAGUCCAUCAGGGCUCCCAACCCACCAAUCGAGGACAGCGUCUUCAAGCAGUUCCGGCUGGACGGACGCACAGUCAUCAUCACUGGCGGAGCGGGCGGCAUAGGCUCGGAGAUCGCCAGGGGCCUUGCGGAAGCUGGGGCCAACAUCGCCAUCUGGUAUCAUACUUCCAAAGCGGCCGUCGCCAUCGCCGAAAGCAUCGCCCAGGACUUCGGAGUCAAGGCUAAGGCAUACCGGGUCGACGUGACCAGCUACAGCGACAUCGAGGCCGCCGUCGCGUACGCCGUCGAGGAUUUUGGCCGCCUCGACGUCAUGGUCGCCAACGCCGGCGUCCCCUCCAAAGCCGGGGGCCUGGAUGACGGGAUCGAGGACUGGAACCGCGUGAGGGCGGUAGACUUUGACGGCGCGUACUACUGCAUGAGGGCUGCAGGGCUCGUCUUCCGCGACCAGAAGAGCGGCGUGGGGAUCAUCACUGCGUCCAUGAGCGGCCACGCCGUCAACGUGCUGCAGGAGCAGAGUUGUUACAACGCGUGCAAGGCGGGAACGAUUCACCUCGCCCGGUCGCUAGCUGUUGAGAGGGCCAAGUUGGGAGGCCGGAUCAACUCGGUUUCGCCCGGCUACAUCGACACUGCCAUGUCGGGUGACUGCCCUUUCGAGAUGAAGGAGGAGUGGUUCGGUCUGACGCCGCUGCGUAGAGACACCGACCCGAGAGAGCUGAAAGGGAUAUACCUGUACUUGGCCAGUGAUGCCAGCUCUUAUACGACUGGGGUCGACUUCAUCAUUGACGGUGGCUAUACGGCGCGAUAG